CUCUCACUAUACUGUCGACAGAGUGAACCUAACACAAACCCUAAUCCUAAAUUCACUUUUUCCCUCCUGAAUUUCGGAGUUUCCAUGGCGAAGCAAAAGCAAGUCGCUCCUCUUGAAGACUCUGACGACGACGAAUCGCAGGUUCCCAGACCUCAGCCCGAACAAGAAGAUAGCAGCGAGGAAGAAGAAGCAGCAACUUCAUCCGACGAGGACGAAGACACCGACGAAGGCGAAGAUGAACGUGAGAAACACGUGCUGGUUCCCAGGAAGCCUCAACCGCAAAUGGUUUCGAAACCCUCGUCGUCUUCUUCUAAACCCUCUCCAAAGUUGAAGUCUCAACCUUCGGCUUCUGUUAGUCAAACCAAAUCCGGGUCAAAGCGCGCAGCCGAGAACAGUAUCGACCACUCGAACCAACCAAAACGUGGGAAGAAGGCACAGGAGGAUCACGCCGUCGGCUCCGUUGAAGAGGAUCCGCAGAAAUCACGUGACGAGUUCAAAUCCCUCUUUCAGAGGGUUUUCAGCGAGGAAGAUGAGAUAGGUAUCUUGAAAGGCCUGUCUGAAUUCAUCGCAAAAACAGGAAAGGAACCCUAUAAAUGCGCUGAUGAAUUUUACGAUUUUAUGAAGGGGUCGAAUUUGAUUCGGGCAAAUGUAUCAUGCAACCAAUUGAAGGAUAAGAUCCGCCGGCUGAAGAAGAAGUUUGAGAACAACCUAGAAAAAGAGAAGAACGGCAAGGGGACAACCUUAAAGCCGCACGAGUUGGAAGCACUUCAGUUGGGAAAGAAUGUUUGGGGCCACGAUGGCCGUGGCGGUGAAGCAGUGCGCAACGAAACUGCGAAAAAGGAUACAGUUAAUAAUGAGAAGGCUGCGAAGAGUACUCCCAAGAAGGCGCUAGUGCCCCAUUCAAAUGGGAAAGCUGAAGCAAAGUCCAAACUAAAUUCUGAACCUUUGGAUACAAAUGAAGGUAGAAGGAUGAGUGAAUUUUCUGUGACUAGUUUAGCUUUGACUUCAAUGUUGAGGUACGAUGGGACUUUUGGUAAGCCUUUCGGUGAAGAUUAUAUUAGAAAGGGAAUAGAGUUGCUUGGAGUCUCAAAGAGGGAAGACAUCGAGGCUAGGUGGAGGAAGUUCAAAGACGCUGAAAAUAAAUUGUAUGCAGAGAUAGCUGAAUUCUACGCGGAACAGGCUAAGUUGAUAUAUCAAGCAAAUAGCUCGUCGUCCUCCUAGAUAGCUAAGGAUGAUACAUUAUCUAAAACAGGACGAAGUGUAUCAGAGCAUUUGUGGAAUAUGCAAUUGUAUGAAUUUAGUAUAGUUCAUAUUUAAACUAGUUGGUUGCUGUGUUAUAUGUCUCCUGAUCUUGUUAUAUAUCCCACUUUUUUAUUUUGUUCGAUAGUAGUUUGGAAAUUUUGAUGAUUUUUGAAUAUCUUAACCGAUAAAAACAUAGUUGUUUGACGGUGCA